AUGUCGAUGCCGAGUGGCACACAAAGCUGGUAUGAUGUAGAAGGGAAAGCACUGACGGUAGUUGAGGGAAAUGCCCAGCAGGGCAGGGAGGAGGAGGAGCGAGGCUUCGUGUGGGUCUCACGUGCAGAGGAAACCUAUGGCCCGCUUAGUGAGUUCAUGAAAUCUCAGCCCGGCGCACUCCAUCAAAGACAAGACAGAUCAAGCAAAAGCAUGCCAGGCACAGCUACCCAGCAGCUCGGGCCAGGACUUGAGGGCUCAUGGAUAAGCUUCAAUGUUUCCAAGAUCAGCCCUACGACAGAUGGUCCGAAAUCUGGGGUAACGCGUCCUCGUCUCCACGCUCCCCAGCCUCACGAUGAACCUGAUUAUGUGGCUAACGCGGACCAGGGGAAACAAAGCAACUGCAAGGAUAUGCCUCCACCACGGCUUAUGUCUCUCUCCCCCGAGAUCAUCGGCGAGGCCACUCUAUCUCACCUGAACUGGCGGAAAGGUGCCACUGGCCUCAGCCGAAACCUUGAAAUGCCCUCCAAGAAGAACAAAAACCCAUUCGGUCAGACCUUCCUGGGGACGGCCCAGCCCUAUGUAUACAAGCAACGAGUCGUGCUGAUUGGCGAACGAAUUACUCCUUUCCCCGAAGAAGGAGGAUGGACGGAGGGUCUGGUUUUUGCCUCGUUUGAUGGCCCAACCCAAUGGAUUAAUGCCAAAUCACUUAUCCAAAUCGAGCCCCUGUCAAGGAUGGUAAGCGAAUGCAAGGGUGGAGAGAGGCCGGCAAGUUCCUAUUCGCAUAACCUCCAUCCAUUUCGAGGCCACCAUCGGGUCGGUGUGCAAAAAUGGGAAGCACCAGGAACGCAUGGUACUACGAAGUACGAGGCCCCGCAACUGAGGUCGCACAUUUUCACCAACGGAUAUUGGUCUACUUUAGCCUACCAAUCCAACACCGAACAGCCCCACCACUAUCAACAACUCUUUGACGCUUCCCUACCAUACGUAUUAUCCGUCGCGUCUUCCACCGUCCCGGCACUUAACAUAUCCUACUUUCACGUACCAAACCCUUACCUCACUCACAACCAUUCCCACCGCCGCAAUGGGUUUCUCCCGAACGUCCCUUCCGGCUCCCAUCGUCGUGGAAAAGCAAAAGGUAUGGAAAACACAUCGCCACCUUUCACCGCCCCCAUCCAAGAGACCAGUGAAACUAACUGCCUGCUGAAGAACCGCACGAGCUCCUACUCGAGCCAGAACACAUCCCACUCGUCGGCCUCGAUCUCUUCAACAGCUUCAUCGAAAUAUCCCGGCGGUGCAUCCUCCCCUAUCCCACGCCGCAACAUGAACGUCUACACCCACUGCGGCCGGCAUACCAACGAGUUCCUCUUUGGCGGGCGAUCCUUCACCGACAUGGCCCGCUCCCUCUUUCGCGGUAUUAAGCGCGACGACUGA